AAGCGGGCGGGGCGAGUCGGGCAUAGCUGCGGAGCGGCCGGCGGCGGCCCCGAGCAGCCGCCUCCGCGGGAAGCCCCCGGCGCGGGGCGAGGCGGGGAAGCGGCCGGCGGCCAAUGCGAAAUUGGCUGGUGCUGCUGUGCCCGUGCGCGGUCGGGGUCGCGCUGCACCUCUGGCUGCUGCUCGGCGGCCCCGGGAGGCACCCGGCAGGUCCACUGGCUUUCUUUCCUCAGUGGGAACUGAAACGUUACGAUGUUAUCGUCGGUGUAUUAUCCGCUCGACACAAUCAUGAGCUGCGGAACGUUAUAAGGAACACUUGGUUCAAGCACUUGAAACAACAUCCAGCGCUGAGCCCUCGUGUCCUUGUGAAGUUUAUAAUAGGUGCACAUGGCUGUGGUGUGCCAGUGGAGGACAGAGAAGAUCCUUACUCCUGCAAACUUCUGAACAUUACUAACCCAGUUUUGAAUCAAGAAAUCGAAGCAUUCAAUCUCCCUGAAGAUACGCCUUCAGUGCUUUCUGAAGACCGCAUUGUCAGUGUGAACUUCCGAGUUCUUUACCCCAUCGUCAUUACUAGUCUUGGGGUAUUUUAUGAUGCUGAUGGUGUGGGAUUCCAGAGGAAUAUCACUGUAAAACUGUACCAGGCAGAACAGGAGGAAGCUCUCUUCAGUGCUCGCUUUAGCCCACCUAGCUGUGGAGUGCAAGUUAACAGAUUGUGGUACAAACCUGUAGAACAGUUCAUUUUGCCAGAGAGUUUUGAAGGUACUAUUGUGUGGGAAAGCCAGGACCUUCAAGGCCUUGUUUCUAGGAAUCUUCACAAAGUGAAGGUUAAUGAUGGAGGAGGAGUUCUCAGAGUCUCUAUGACAGGGGAAGGUUCAUGGCCACAUGAAUUCACAGAAGGUGUGGAAGGAAUAGCAGGAGGCUUUAUUUACACUAUUCAAGAAGGUGAUGGUCUUUUACAAAGCCUUCAUACUCGCCCUGAAAGGUUUGUAAACCACUUAAAAAACCUUGAAGAGGAGGAUGCAUUAUUGAAGGAAGAAAGCGGAGCCUAUGAUGAUAUUGUUUUUGUAGAUGUUGUUGACACCUACAGAAAUGUUCCAGCCAAAUUACUGAACUUCUACCGAUGGACAGUAGAAUCAGCUAACUUUGAUUUGUUGCUGAAGACAGAUGACGACUGUUACAUAAAUUUGGAAGCUGUGUUCAACAGGAUAAUGCACGAAAAACUUGACAGGCCAAAUAUCUGGUGGGGCAAUUUCAGACUAAAUUGGGCAGUUGAUCGGACAGGGAAGUGGCAAGAACUGGAGUAUCCCAGUCCAGCAUACCCUGCCUUUGCCUGUGGGUCUGGUUAUGUUAUCUCCAAAGACAUUGUUCAAUGGUUGGCAAGCAACUCUGAAAGACUCAAGACAUACCAGGGUGAAGAUGUGAGUAUGGGCAUUUGGAUGGCAGCUAUAGGGCCUAAGCGAUAUCAGGACAGCCUCUGGUUGUGUGAGAAGACAUGUGAAAAGGGAAUGCUGUCUUCCCCUCAGUAUUCUCCACAAGAACUGACAGAGCUCUGGAAAGUGAAGGAAUUAUGUGGAGAUCCUUGUAGAUGUGAGGAAAGAUGA